AUGACUGGAGCGAGAAAGGGGUGGUGUAGCACCGACGCCGAGGUUGGGGUGGACGUACCGCAGGAGAGGGGCGCCAUUAUAUUUGCGCAGGGCCGUCCAAUAGGGCGCAGUAUCGUCCCGAACGCCGUCGCGUGCACAUGUCGUUGCAGUGUCUGGGCUUAUAAAACGCGCGUAAAACCACCGCCGUCGCCAUCGCCGCCUCCCCCUCCCCGAACAUUCACGUCCGGUGUUCUCGCGAGGGUGAGAUCCACGCGAGACGCGCUUUCGUCCGCUCUUUCUAUCUCCUCGUUUCCCACAUCUCCGUUUCUAUCUUUCUCUCCAUCUGUCUCUUUAUACUUCACACAUCACCCGCCGCGCGUUGUCGUCUCUUUUACUCGUACGCAGUAUAAACAACAAAAGAGAGCGCGAGUCCGCCUACACACGAGGAUCGUGGAAAGUGUGCGCUGCGACAAAAGUAGAAGAACCAAAUCAAUCGCCGAAGGACUAAAUUACACUUUACGGGAAACUGCACUCUCUGUCGGACAUCUCCGUUUUGCCGGCGUCGCGGGGCUAUUUUACGGCGUCUUGAUUAAUGCUGUAACGCGACCGACUCCUCGACCAGUUGCCGACGAAGCUACUUUUCCAUUCCUGCGGACGAGAUUAAGAGAAAGAAAGUCGACGUUGAAAAAAACUCUUUUUCCGACCUGAGUCUCUAUCUAAUAAAAAGAAGGACCGGAAUUUUUCAUGACUUUUUCCUAUAUAAUUACAGACAAUGAAAUAUCCGAAAAAUUUUUAAAAAUUUAAAUUUACACUA